CGGCCAGAACAGUGAGCAUGCGUCGACCUCGCUUUGGACUGUCGUUGUGAGAAAAAUGUGAUCUAGACAUGGGCGAAACACACAGGUUCUCCUCGCGUGCACAGUCAGUGUAUGUACAUAGAUCAUCGGUCGAAAAGCCGAUCAGUGGCAGCAGUAGCUAUUUAGUGAUCCAACAGUAACAGCAGUGAUAGUAACAUAGGCAGAUAUCGAACAUUUCGGCACUUGAUUUCAAGUGUGUAAGAACAAAAGUGCCGGGUGAAGGGCAAUUCAAACGCUUGCAUUAGUGUGUAGAUCUCUGCAACAUAGAUACGCCGUAAUCAGAUUCCUAUUCAAGAUGCUCUGUGUGAUCUUGGAUAACCCAAUCCACCAAUCGGUCGGUUCAACUACUGGAUGCUGAGCCUGUGUUUCUGGUGAUUUCGCCAUCAACUGGCUGAAAUGAAUUGCUGCCCCUUGUCAGUCAGGUAGUGACGGAGGUGCUGACCGACGGAAGGGAUUUCGGCUGAUUGUACGUGCGCCAGCGCCUGUACAGACGUGAACGUACUGGAAAGCCCCGGCUAGGCCAGUCGAGUGAAAGCUACGAGCGGGUAAAGUUCCCAGUUAACGGUCGGACGGAUUCGACGACGACGGGGGGAGGAAGGCGAACAAAAUCACACCGGAGGGCGCAUCACGGUGGUGAACCUCCCAGUGUCCAGCGACUACCUUUGAAAACGUUUCAAAAGUGGAUUCCGCCUCGUCGCCGGAUGCAGUCAGCAGCAGCUGCGCGGAUUCUGAAUGCCGAAACGUCGGUCGAGCCGGGGGAGCAUCCGCUGCUGCCCCCACUGCUCGAAGCGGCCACCGACUCCUAAGUCCUGGGACCCGGCAUCAACACAGCCCAGGAUCUUUGUCCAACACCCUCGUUAGCUUGCCGGAAGUAGUGGAAGCUGUUGUGACGAACUCUGCUGCCCAAUCCCAGCCGUCGACUCCGGAGCAGAUCGCCGCAUUACUGCCGUCAAUCCAAACGAUGUUAUCGAGGAACAAAGUGUCGCGCACCUGCAGUAGAACGCGAAUCACCGAUGCUUCUGUCGCUCCAUUUGUUGAUCCUGCGGCGGACCUGCCGGACUGUAUUUCCUUGGACCCGUUAACUGAAGACUCACUUCUGGCCAACUUGCUGUCCAGAUUUAAACGGGAUCACAUCUAUACUUACAUCGGCAAUAUUUUGCUAUCCAUCAACCCUUACAAACCCUUGGCACAGUACACGGAACAGGUGAUUGCCGGCUACAAAUUACGCACCGUCGCCAUUUCCCAAUUACCACCGCACGUGUAUGCCCUCGCUGAUAAUGCUUGGCGGUCGUUACGAGAUUUCUACAGCGACCAAGUCAUCGUCAUUACUGGCGAGAGCGGAUCGGGCAAGACUGAGGCCUCCAAGCUCAUCCUGCAGUAUAUUGGAUUAGCAACCGGCAAAUCGAAAGAUCUGGAAACCGUCCGGCAGCAGCUGCUACUCUGCAAUCCAGUCCUAGAAGCGUUCGGCAAUGCGAAAUCCGUUCACAAUGACAACUCGUCACGUUUUGGAAAAUAUAUUGAAAUGGAAUUUGAUUACAGAGGGGAACCUGUUGGAGGACUCAUCACUCAUUAUUUAUUAGAAAAGUCCCGCGUAACAGCUCAGCACCCAGGCGAACGGAAUUUCCACAUUUUCUUCCAGCUGCUCGCUGGGGCUGACGUGCAACUUCUAAAAUCCCUCAAACUACAAAGGAACACGGAAAAUUAUCUCUACUUGCGGAAUAACCAUUCGAAUCCGUCGGUGUGGCACCAGAGUGACAAGGAUGAAUUCUUCAACACCAAGAAAGCCUUGGAGUCGGUGGGAUUUUCGGCCGAGGACAUUAUCAACAUAUUCCGUAUCAUAGCGGCCGUCUUGAAGCUGGGGAAUUUGAUCUUCUCUCCGGUUAGCAAUAUCGACGGCACCGAAGGAUGCAGCAUCAACAACGAAUACGAGUUAGAAGAAGUUGCGACAUUGUUGAUGAUUCCGGCAGAUGAGCUUCGAAGUGCCUUGCUCUAUCGGACGUAUUCGGUCAGUUGUUCUGCGAUGGAUGCGCACGGCAUGGCCGUUGGAGGUGGCGGAGGUGUCAAUUGUUUUUCCAGAGAUUCGACUCUACCACGCGAUUCGACAACUUCGCGCACAUUUCUCGGAAAUAAUCAUCAAUCGCAUUCACAGCCUCAGCAGCUCCUCUUGCACCAGCGCACCAGUCUCCUCUCCACAUCGGCCUCCAUGGUCGGCAGAGAUAUGUACCAAAUGAUGGAUGGCUGCCAUGGAUCUGACGUCGGAUUUCAAGCUGCCCUCGCUUCCAGGGCUUACCAGGACGCGAAGGAUGACUUUGUCAUGACCGACUUGAGCGCCAGCGAGGCCACGGCCGGACGCGAUGCGCUCUGCAAAGCCCUCUAUUAUCGUCUCUUUACCUGGAUCAUUAACAACAUUAACGAGAGAAUCAAGGUCAAGCAACACGGAAAACGACGCAUCCUGGGCGUAUUGGAUAUUUACGGUUUCGAAAAUCUGCCUGUCAACGGCUUCGAGCAGCUCAUUAUCAAUUAUUGUAACGAGAAAUUGCAGCACUACGUGGCCGAGAUUGUCGUGAAAGAAGAACAAGAAAUCUACAUGCAAGAAGGCCUCGAGUGGAGCCCGAUUUUAUUCCCAGACAACUUGGCCGUCUGCGAUUUGAUAGAGAAGCAUAAUCUGGGGCUGCUAGCGAUAAUGGACGAAGAGUGCCAACGAUCGACCAACGGCUCGGACGAUGCCUUCUUAAGCAGAGUGGGACAGGUGUUUCAAGAUAAUAUUCAAAUCGAAGUAGCUUGGGGACUGUUGUCCAAGAACGCCGAUUCAACUGCCAUGAAUGCCUUCAGGUUGAAACACUACGCCGGAUGGGUGACGUACAACGUGCACGGGUUCCUGGAAAAGAACAGCGACCUGCUGGUCCGCGGCCUUUCGCAGUCCAUGUACCAGUGCUCCCACCCGAUCGUCAAAGAGCUCUUCCCGGAGGGCAACCCGCGACGGACGACGCUGCGGCGUCCGGCCACCUCGGGCACCCAAUUUAAAGUGGCUAUCAACGCCCUGAUGAGGAGCCUCCGGUCGAAAACUCCGCACUUUGUCCGCUGUAUCAAGCCGAACGCCUUCAAACAGCCGCACCAUUUCGACGUUCAGACGAUCCAGCAACAAAUUCGACACCUCGGCUUGCUGGAGACGGCGCAAGUGAGGAGGAGCGGCUACGCCUUCCGCCAGCCCUACGCCUGCUUCCUGCAACGCUACAAGAUGUUGUCGACCGUGACCUGGCCGCACUGGGGUGGCGUCGCCAUCGAGGGUGUCGCCCGGCUCCUCAGAGAUUUGCCCAUUUCGGCCACGGAAUACGCUUUCGGCCGGCGAAAGUUGUUCAUCAAAAACGAUUCCACGUUAAUGCAGUUGGAAGAUUUUCGGAGGAUCCGGUUAAAUGACCUGGCCACUCUCAUCCAGAAAACAUUCCGAGGCUGGGCUACUAGAUGGUUGUUUUUCAAGCGAAGACAAGCCCAAAUCAAAAUCGCUGCCGCUUGGCGCCGUUACAAGGCUAAUGCUCCAUUACGGCGAAUGAGGUGGAGACUCUCCAGUGUGGCGCGGCGCGAAUAUUUGGAACUUCGCCAACGGCGGCGCAUGAUCGAAGCUGUACACAUCAUAGAAAGAUCCUACAUUCAAUGGAGGAGGAAAAGGUACUUGAACCGGUUGGCCAUCCGGCUGCCUUCGACGUCGCCGACGUGCCGCGAGUGGCCCAACGUGACGCCUUUCCUCCGCGAGACCAAUCAGAUUUUAAAGAAGCUCUAUCACGUUUGGAGGUGUCAUCGAUAUCGAAUGGGCUUUGAUCAAAUCGGUCGCAAUCGAAUGCGAGAGAAAGUGACGGCCAGUUUACUGUUUAAGAAUCGUAAAGAAUCGUAUGCUCGCAGCGUAGCUCAUCCCUUCCAGGGCGAUUACGUCCGGCUUCGCCAAAACAGCCAAUGGCGCAAACUGGUCAACGAAACGUCUGAUCAGUACAUCGUUUUCGCCGACAUCGUCAGCAAAAUCACGCGCUCUUCGGGCAGGCUUGUUCCGGUGCUGUUUGUCGUCUCGACCAGUUCCAUGAUGAUUUUGGACCAGCGGACCUUAAAUAUCAAGUACCGCGUCCCGGCGGCUGAUAUCGUCCGCAUUUCACUCAGCCCUUUCCUAGACGACAUCGCCGUCUUCCACGUCAAAUCGUUUGAUGGCACCUCGCCGAGCGUAGCCAAUCUUCAGACGGGCUGCUUGCAUUUCCAACAGUCAGGAGAAUCAUCGACCCUCUCGCCUUCCUUUGGAAACAAGUGGAAAGGUGACCUGGUUAUCCAGACUUGCCACGUCAUUGAGCUCGUCACCAAAAUGUUCCUGGUCGUGCAGAACGCGGCCGGCAAAGCCCCCGAAGUCAACGUUCACACAGACUUCGAGCUCAGUGUCGGCCAUCAAGCAGUCGAAUUCUCCUUCCACUGCACCGGCCUUCCGGAAGUCCAGCCGGGUCAAGUGCGAAUCGUUCGUCGAGGCCACCGACUCGAAGUUACUUUAUAAAAAUCAAUCGUUCGGGCAGUUCCUCGCACGGCCUUCGUGAUUCCAUCGUUUUCGCGAAGAUGGGUGAGACGGACUUCGUUUUUAGCUAAAAAUAAUUUAAGGACUCUGUUAUGACAAUUAUAUGCAAUACAUAUAAUAUCGAAAUUUAAUAACUAGCUAGCUAUUGAAAAAGAAAAUCAAUCGAUUUCUCAAAGGAAAGAAGAAAGAAAGAAAAACGGUAAAGUUUUAUUGCUGCAAAUUCAUUUUGAUUAACAUCUUUUUUGAGGGGUGGGGGUGGAGUCGUGUUUAUUCAUUGUUGUUUUCACAUUUUUGUAUUGUGUUGAAAAAGUGCUAACUUAUUGUGCUGCCGUCUCGAACUUGUUCACUCAGAGCACGUUGAAAUUUUUCAUAAGAAAAAAGAUGAAUGCGUAGAAAUAUUUGAAUAUCUUUUGAAUUGAUCAAAUGAGUUGUUGAAAAUCAUCAUCGUUUUAUUCUGAAGAAAAAAAAAUGUUUGCUCUGGUUUAUUUUUGAAUUUUAUGUUUGUUCGAUCAUCGCUGUGUGAAUGCAUUGUUGGAGUGCUUGUUGUGGAGAUGAGCUUCGAGUUCCGUCUUGUAUGUUAAACUUGUUGUUGU